AUGCAGUCAGUGGGCUCAGAGCAGGAUGACUUGUUCGACUUCCUCUUCAAGAUUAUUCUAAUUGGUGACUCAAAUGUGGGCAAGACCUGCGUGGUUCAAAGCUUCAAGACAGGGGUCUUCUCAGAGCGCCAACAAAAUACAAUUGGAGUGGACUUCACUGUUCGGACACUGUCUAUUGAAGGCAAGAAAGUAAAAAUGCAGGUUUGGGACACAGCUGGGCAGGAGCGAUUCCGAACCAUCACUCAGAGCUAUUACCGGAGUGCUCAUGGAGCCAUGAUAGCUUAUGACAUCACCCGCAGGGCCACUUUUGAAUCGGUGCCACACUGGAUCCAUGAAGUCAAAAACUUCGGAGCUGCAAAUGUCCUUGUUGCUCUGAUAGGUAACAAAUCUGACCUGGAAUCUGAGAGGGAGGUGCCCUUCCAGGAGGCCUGCUCCCUGGCUGAGGAGAGGGGCUUGCUGGCUGCGCUGGAGACGUCGGCCAAGGAAGCUCAGAAUAUAGAGACAGCUUUCAUGAUGAUGGCUAAAGAGCUGCUAGCCCGCAACGGCAUGGCAGUGACACAAGAAGAUGCUUACACUGACUCUCCACGCAUCCUGCUACGAGCCAACUCUCGUCCAAUCAAUGGCCCCACCUACACACCGGAGAAGAAGUCAUGUGACUGCUGA